AUGUACCAUCGCCAAAGCGAAGGCGCUCGAGAUCGCAAGACUCGGGCGCUCACAGUGGUGUCCGUUCCUAUUGACACCACUUCGCAGCGAGGUACCAGUACUUCUGUCGGCCUGUUGCAGGAAGAGCGGGACCGCAACGUGUUGCGUCUCGCUCCCGAAAAGAAAGCAUAG